AGUCCAGAGUCAACCUCGCAGAACCUGGAAGAUCUACUGCCCCUCUCCACUGGCCUCUCUCAGUUCCGCCCAUAAAAGAAUCGACUUUACUACUGCGUCGUUAGGUCGUUUUGCAUCAUACCGAAAUGUCGAAACGUACAUAUUUCACGACCGUCACACCACUGCCUCCGAGCAUUUCCAAAGAGACUGUGAUGGAGACAUUCCAUAAUCAUUUUGAUAUGAUAGACCUCGGUCCAUUGGUCGUAAGUCGCACCAAAUGCGAGCCUCCCGAUCACGCAUCGGAGGAAGAGCGCAAGUGUCAAUGGUAUACAAUCACAGACAGGGUAUCAUAUCUACCAGGUGGUCUUGCGGAAGGCAACGUCUCGUUCAACGCAUCGUUCCACGAUCUACACGACGGUCUACAAACACACGUAUUCGCGCCCAUGGGCGUCAAUAUAAAGGGGAAAUGGUCGGUCGGUGGAUCACUCCCUGGCGAACCCAGAGAGACGUCAGAGCUGGGCAUUGGAGCGCCCAAGGAAGGCCUAUAUAUCCGCGAAGACGUGGAUCUACGGUGCAACAUGCUCGUGAUGGCGUUCGUAAAGAAAAACCUGAAGAAGUCGCAUGAAGAGUUAGUGCAGAGGUUAAUCAACAGACUCAUUGAAAAGGAGAGGGUAAGCGGACGACCCCCGCGGCCUAGCAAACCGGAUGCGCCUCUGCCUCCGGCGUACCACGAUCAGACCUCCAUGGACCAAAAGCCGUCGAGCUCCCAGACACAAUCGGGAUACUAUGCACCAGAUACAAAGCGACCUCAGCAGCAUCCUUUGCAGGCGUCACAAAACGACCAAUACGGCCGGUCAUCCACAUCGCAGCAUUCCAUCCAAUCAUCACAUUCACAGCCUCAUGUCACACAAUCUCAAUAUGCCUCUGGUUCGACCCAAACACCGCCUGCACAGGACUCAAAGUAUCCGUAUCCACAAGGACCACACCCAUCUUCUUAUCAUCAGCCAUCACAGAACCACGGACCGCAAAGUCGUCAAUAUAGUGAACCCCAAUUAUCUACACAUCAGCCUCAGUACAACCAGACCCAGCAGCAACUUCCACCAAGCUAUGCAGGAAACAUAUCGACAAACAACCCCUCUCUAAUGCCACAGGAAUCCAGGCCAGGACUGCCAACAGGUUCAUCACAUACACCCGCAGAGAUGCAAGGGUGACACUAGUCAAAAUGACUUUUCCGAAGCUGCUACCCAGA